CCUUGAUAAAAUACCCGGUAAUUAACAGUCAACUCUUACGAGUCAUUAGGUCUAAAAGUUUCCUAUUUUCCACCGGGGAAACCCGAUAGAGAAACCGGAGCGCCACCCCCGUCUAUUGAUCGGUCACUGACUCCGCUCAACAUGGCGGCGGGGGUGGUAUUCGCGCUCAGCCUGAUCCUCGUCGUCGGCCACCUCCAGGAAGGACCGGGGUCCCUCGCGAAGACCUUUACAUUCCCGGAAUACCCGUACAAGGAGACGACGAAGAACGAGCUUCUCUUCCGACAAUUCGAGCAGGCGUGCGAGGAGAGCGGCGCUUGCAAGAUGCUAUCGCAGCACAGGAGCGACAGCGUCGCCAAGACACGAUGCAUCCGGGAAUGCGUGUCCCCGUCCUGUUACAGGGAGAUCUAUUUAUUCGAUCAGGGUUGCUUCAUGCAGCGAAAUGGCCGGCCGCGGAAAUAAGACGAAACGCUCGCAGAGAGAAGAGAGAGCAAGGAGGGGCAACUUUCUAAUUGCGAGGUGAACGAUUAACGAACGAGCCCUUUGGGGAUGACUGCACGGUCGUGCAGUCUGCAGCAAAAGAACACGCGCGCUACAAUAACAGUCCACCGUUCCAACGAAGAGACGGCUUCUUGCUUCAACUUUGCCAUCCCGAAAGGAUUGAAUUGAUGACGUAUUAUAAUCGCGCUGCAUGAUAUGCAUGACGAAAAAAAGCACAAAAAAAAAGGGAAUGCAUAUCAUGCACAAAGACAAAUUAAACAAUGCAUAUCGUGCAGCCUCGUGGAGAUGAUCCGAAUUCUCCGAGGAAUUAAAUCCGAGAACGAACUUUUUCUACUUUUUCUACUGUACGCACAUAUUAACUACGAUCGCAAUGUUGAUAAUAAUACUGCACAAAGUAAACGAAUAAAACUGUUGCACCAGAUUUCAAUCAACUUAUUGCUCUUAUAUUUCGCUAUAUUAAAAAAAUGACAUUUCUUGAAUAAUAUAAUUCAGUAUACGAUAACAUGCAUGUUACUCAAGUAACAUUUACUAUAUAGAAUAAGGGGUAGAAUUUAAUUAUACACAAUUAUCCUUGAAAGAAAAGAA